UCCUUGACAACCUGCCAAACACUACAUACAUAUUCGUGGUCUUGGCCGUCUGGCACGACUCUUUUCUUACACUGCCUCGCAAUCCACCAAGUCCACAGUCACUACCCAAGAUGCAUUUCCCAUCUCUCGUUACAGCACUGCUCUUCACCACGGCUGCCCUCGCAACACCCUACCCAUGGGCCCAGCCCCAGAGCGGCGUCCUUACUAGCGCAAAGGGCAGCCAAAAGCCCAACCGCACCCACAAGCACCACCACCACAAGGAGCCAACGCCCAUUUUGAAACAGGCAUGCAAAUGCAACAUGCCCGUCAUCCCUAACAACCUGCUCAACGCCAACGAGAAGUGCCUGAUGAAAUACGCAGCGCAGAUGGGCUGCUACAUGAGCUCCAAGGGCGGAUGUCCUUCACCGCCGGCAGCGUGUGGAAUUGGCCCUCUGUCCGGUAUUCCGAUGAUGUAAUACGCAAGCAACCGUGCUACAAGUGUCAGACGGGUAUCUCCGUAAAAAGACGAAGAUUUUGAAUUGGAUAAAGCACAAAGUCGGUGUUUUUGAUGGGCAGUUCCAUUCCUUUUGAGAGCAUGAUAUCACGACGAGGUGGAUGAAAAUGGUGAGGAGAAAAGGGAUAUUUCCAUGUUUUAUGUUUCAACUUGAGCAUCAAUUGAAUGCUACUACUGCUACUACUAUUGAAUGCC